GCGCGAGCGGCCCGGGUUGGCGCGCCCAGCCCCGCGGCGGACCAUGGUGCAGCAGGCGGAGAGCUUGGAAGCGGAGAGCAACCUGCCCCGGGAGGCGCUGGACACGGAGGAGGGCGAGUUCAUGGCUUGCAGCCCGGCGGCCCUGGACGAGAGCGACCCGGACUGGUGCAAGACGGCGUCGGGCCACAUCAAGCGGCCGAUGAACGCGUUCAUGGUGUGGUCCAAGAUCGAGCGCAGGAAGAUCAUGGAGCAGUCCCCCGACAUGCAUAACGCCGAGAUCUCCAAGCGGCUGGGCAAGCGGUGGAAAAUGCUCAAGGACAGCGAGAAGAUCCCGUUCAUCCGCGAGGCGGAGCGGCUGCGGCUCAAGCACAUGGCCGACUACCCCGACUACAAGUACCGGCCGCGGAAAAAGCCCAAGAUGGACCCCUCGGCCAAGCCCAGCGCCGCCCAGAGCCCCGAGAAGAGCGCGGCGGGCGGCGGCGGGGGCGGAGUGCCCGCCAGCCCCACGCUGAGCAGCGCGGCCGAGUCCCCCGAGGGCGCCAGCCUGUACGACGAGGUGCGCGCGGGCGCGGGCGCCGGCAGCCGCCUCUACUACAGCUUCAAGAACAUCACCAAGCAGCACCCGCCGCCGCUGGCGCAGCCCGCGCCGUCGCCCGCGUCCUCGCGCUCCGUGUCCACGUCGUCGUCCGGCGGCGGCGGCGGCGGCGGCGAGGACGCCGACGACCUGAUGUUCGACCUGAGCCUGAAUUUCUCCCAGAGCGCGCCCGGCGCCGGCGAGCAGCAGCUGGGGGGCGGCGCGGCGGCCGGGAACCUGUCCCUGUCGCUGGUGGAUAAGGACUUGGACUCGUUCAGCGAGGGCAGCUUGGGCUCCCACUUCGAGUUCCCCGACUACUGCACCCCCGAGCUGAGCGAGAUGAUCGCGGGGGACUGGCUCGAGGCGAACUUCUCCGACCUGGUGUUCACGUAUUGAGCGGGGCGCCCCGCGCGGCGCCUCGGGGUGCGCAGCUGCCCCCCGGGAGGAAGUGGUGGCGGCCGGCGGCGGGGGGCGCGGCGGGGGGCGCGCGCGAGGAGAGGCUGAUGCCGAUGUCGCGACACAAAGGCGCGGCGCGAGCUGAUGAAGAUGUCGGUGGAGUUGGAGGGAAAUGAGUAGUUUGGACCCCCGUCUCCUUUGUCCCCCGCCUUUGCUCGUGUCUCGAGGUAGUAGCACACCUAGUCUGGAGUUGUGAUCCCCGAACGUGUUUUUGUAAUGACUUUUCCUGAGAUUCGUGAUGGCGACAAAGGCGGGGCCGGGCGGGGGAGGGGAGGCCGCUCCGGAAGGCGCAGUGGGGAGCGCGUCGGGCUUUGAAGUCGGGAGCACGUCCGCGGAGAGGAAGGACCCCUUUGGGCUGCAGCUGUUACACGAGGGAGUUGGUUGGAGAUUUUUUUUAUUUUUCCCUUAAGCGAUCGUAAAGGACUGGCGAAUCUGUUUUUGACAAACACGGAAACAAAGAAAGGGACCACCGCAGCUUUAUUUUAUUUUAUUUUGUGGAGGGAGAAAACUGAUGUCUUCUAUGCAUCCGAUCCUUAACAAUACUGCAGGGAGCUUGAAAAAACACAGACUGUACAAACGCGUAAAAAACAACUGUGAACUGACCAGAUCAGCGUUUACUUUUCAGAUCAAAUUGUUUAUGGUUUUACAAAUGUGAUUUCUACUUGCCAACCUUUUUUUUGUAACUCGUUCCCAAUACCUCCUUGAUUGAAUACCAGACAGCCUAGACCUCAGUACAAAAGGUAUUGAAACAUUUUUGAUACAUAACAGACCUCAGUCUUUUUUAAAAAUUAAUAUAUUUUCGGGCGUAUUUUUGUACAGUGAAAAGGGGACAUUCUUGCUGUUUUUCAGUGAGACUUUCAGCACUUCUUCCCUUUUAAUUUCCUUUGCCUCUGUUUUUUUUAGCAUGCGAGUAUGGUACGUUAACGUCCUGGUUUCGAAGGAUUAAAAUUUUAAAAGAAUCCUUGCAUCGAAAGGCCUUGUGGUUUAAAAAAAGCAGACUUUUUUUUGUACAGCUAUAGUAGAGAUUGUUCCAUAUUUGUAGGUAAAGAUUUAUUGAAAAUGGUGAUUUAGACCUCAGAGCUGUUACUUAGUUGCAAGACUGUGUGUACUGUAUCUAUAGCAGGACUGGAGGGGCCGAGCUGUGAUAGGUGGGUGGGCCCCAGAGGGAAGGCUUGAAACUGGAUUCUCCAUUUUAGCAAAAUCAAAACGGAAAAAAAGGCGCAGAGCUUGAAAGGUUUCUCAGUUGGUGCAAUAUAACCGAAAGUACAGACCAUCUGCACUUGUGGCAAAUGGUGGCCCAGCAGGCCGGGC